CACAUCGGCUUUCAAAGCGAUUGCCCGAAUCCAAUGCACUUCUCGUCAUGGUUCGCCGUUCUCUUCCUCCAAACCCUAGCGCUCUCCUGCCAAUCUCUCCGCCAUGGAUUCGACUUCAACGCGGACACGAGGAUUUUGACCGUCGGAGAGGAGAUGGAGGGUGAGACUCUUCCGAUGAAGUCUGGUAGACGCUUUUACCGGCUCGCCGGCCUCAAAGAAUCAGCUUGGUAUGAGGUCAAGAUUUCAUACCCAGCAUCUAUACCUGCUAGCUUUGAUAUUCGAUUGGAGAAGGAUGUGCCAGAGAUUUGGUUAGGGAGGAAUAGGAGGUUGCUUAAUACUGAGAAGAUGAUAUUCAAAGCUGAUAAGAGUGAUGAGUUAUCCAACAUUGGUGAGUUGUAUGCUUUGGUGACUGUGGAGGCUGCUGGAGUUAUUGCAAAGCCGGGUUUACCAGAGAGGGAGCUUGUUGUGUAUAAUAUAGUUUGCGAUGAAUUAUUAUUUGGAAUUCCACACAAAGCCUGGUGGGUAGGAAUUGCUGCUCUUCUUUGCUUGAUACUGGCUUCCGUUAUUCCCUGCUUCUUCCCAUUCCGUUCCGUAUUCAAGAACGGAAGCUCGCAAUCGAGCAACCAAUCUAUAACCAAGUCUUCAUGAACCAGCCAGCAGAACACACCAUCUUGGCCAAAUAAUUAACCAAGUAACCAAAGAAAACCAAACCUUGAUAUUCAUAUGAAGUUUAGUCACUUGUUCAGGUAUCAGCAGACAAGCUGCAACCUCUGCAUCUGUGAUCAUGUCAACAGAUUUUUGCCUAAAAUUUGAAUGCCUGAGUCAUGUUCCAAUGUUGUCUCUGCAUUCAAUGCUCAGCUAAAUAUACAUACUUUUUUGUUGAAUUAUUAAUUCUCUUUGAUCAAGUAAGUUCUAUGUGACUUAUUAUGCUUUCAA